CUCAGGGCGGGCUGUGGGGCACAAUUAUUUCUCAUCUUGACUCUUGCCACCCUCCAGCCCACCGGUUGGGGAGGUAAAGAAGGGUCUGAGUCACUAGUGAGGGGGAGGCCAGGAGUUAAACAAGCGUUAGCUGUGGCAUCCCCACAGAAGCCCUGCCAGGCUGGACGGACAGACAGCAGACAGAAGACCCAUGUGGAACCCAAGGACGCAGCCGCCCUGCUGAGAGCACGGCGGCCCAUCUCUGGAGACCGUGACCUCGAGACGGUGGCCCUCGGCCCUCCACCUCCGGCUGGGGCGGGGGCCGCCCAUCUCCAAGUCCCCAGCCAUGACGACCUCCGCGCUGCGGCGCCAGGUGAAGAACAUCGUGCACAACUACUCGGAGGCAGAGAUCAAGGUGCGCGAGGCCACCAGCAAUGACCCGUGGGGCCCGCCCAGCUCGCUCAUGUCGGAGAUCGCCGACCUGACCUUCAACACAGUGGCCUUCGCUGAGAUCAUGGGCAUGCUGUGGCGGCGGCUCAACGACAGCGGCAAGAACUGGCGGCACGUGUAUAAGGCGCUGACGCUGCUGGACUACCUGCUCAAGACGGGCUCCGAGCGGGUGGCCCACCAGUGCCGCGAGAACCUCUACACCAUCCAGACGCUCAAGGACUUCCAGUACAUCGACCGCGACGGCAAGGACCAGGGCGUCAACGUGCGCGAGAAGGUCAAGCAGGUGAUGGCCCUGCUCAAGGACGAGGAGCGCCUCCGGCAGGAGCGGACCCACGCCCUCAAGACCAAGGAGCGCAUGGCGCUGGAGGGCACGGGCAUCGGCAGCGGGCAGCUGGGCCUCAGCCGCUCUCGCGGGUCCCCGUCCUCCUACAACUCCUCCUCCUCAUCCCCCUGCUACACCUCCGACUUGGAGCAGGCCCGGCCCCAGACGUCAGGAGAAGAGGAGCUGCAGCUCCAGCUGGCCCUGGCCAUGAGCCGUGAGGAGGCUGAGAAGCCGGUCCCCCCAGCCUCCCACAGGGAUGAGGAUCUGCAGCUGCAGCUGGCUCUGUGUCUGAGCCGGCAGGAGCAUGAGAAGGAGGUGAGGUCCUGGCGGGGAGAUGACUCCCCCGUGGCCAAUGGCGCUGGGGCCGCGGUCCGCCGUUGGCAAGACAAACAGCCGGAGAGAGGAGAGAGAAAGGAGGAGGAGAACCUGAAAACCAGCCAGUCCUCCAUCCUGGACUUGGCAGACAUCUUCGCACCCACCCCGGCCCUGCCCUCCACUCACUGCUCCGCUGACCCAUGGGACAUCCCAGGUCUCAGGCCGAACACAGAGCCCAGUGGCUCCUCCUGGGGGCCUUCUGCAGACCCCUGGUCUCCUAUUCCCUCAGGAAGUGCCCUGUCCAGAAGCCAGCCCUGGGACUUGCCCCCUAUGCUCUCCUCCUCUGAGCCCUGGGGCCGGACCCCAGUACUGCCCGCCAGACCCCCUUCCACAGACCUCUGGGCACAGAACUCCCCCCAGCACAAACUCCCCGAUACUGGGGCUGACCCUUGGGGGGCCUCAGUGGAGACCUCCAAUGCACCUGCUCUAGGUACCUCGCCCUUUGACCUAUUUGCCAAACCUCCAGUAUCCAGAGAGACCAAGGAGGGGCCGGAGUGUGCCCAGGCCCUGCCCUCGGGGAAGCCCAGCAGUCCUGUGGAGCUGGACCUGUUUGGAGACCCCAUCCCCAGUUCCAAGCAAAAUGGCACCAAGGAGCCAGAUGCGUUUGACCUGGGUGUACUGGGGGAAGCGCUAACCCAGCCCAGCAAGGAGGCCCGAACAUGCCGGACUCCAGAGUCUUUCCUGGGCCCUUCAGCCUCCUCUUUGGUCAACCUUGAUUCAUUAGUCAAGGCGCCCCAGGCUGCAAAGACCCGAAACCCCUUCCUGACAGGUCUCAGCGCUCCAUCUCCCACCAACCCGUUCGCUGCGGGCGAGCAGGGCAGGCCGACCCUGGACCAGAUGCGCACCGGGUCGCCGGCGCUGGGCUUGGCGGCCAGCGGGCCGGUCGGGGCGCCCUUGGGCUCCAUGACCUACAGCGCCUCCCUGCCCCUCCCGCUCAGCAGCGUGCCGGCCGGCGUGACCCUCCCCGCCUCGGUCAGCGUCUUCCCGCAGGCGGGCGCCUUCACGCCGCCGCCCGCGAGCCUGCCACAGCCGCUGCUGCCCACGUCGGGCUCUGCCGGGCCGCUGCAGCCGCCUCCGCAGGCCGGCACCAACCCCUUCCUCUGAGCGCAGCCCCGCCCCGCCCCCGCCGCCCGGCGCAUGCGCGCGCGAGGGCCCGCCCCGGCGCGCGGCGGGGCGGGCUAUCACCCCAGGACCCGCCCCGGGAAGCCCGGAACGGCUGAGACUCCGCCCCGCGGCCCGCCUCGGCGCUUGUCCCGGCCUCCGCAGCCCCUCCGCGGUUCCUGGAGUUUGAGACUGAGGACUUCCCGGGGCUGAGACCACGCCCGCGUGGUAAAGACUGGAGCCCGCCGCCUCCGCUCCCACCAAGUGGACUUUUUGCGAGGCGUGGCGGCUGGGUCAGGGCCACAGCGUGAAUCUCCGGCUGCCGUGGGAACAAGUGACCCGCAGUGUGGGGCGCAAAAAUGCUCCCACUUUCCGUACAAACCCCCAGCCUGGCACCUUCGCUUCCAGAUGCUCCCCAGGCUCCCACUCAUUCUCUCAUUUCAUUCAUUUACCGCAGAUCAGCACUGGGGAUGAUCUCAUGGCAGGGAACAAUAGGCAGGUGUUCCCAUUCGCUGCGCACUCGUUCUCUGCUAAGCACUUUAGACAGAUUAUUUAAUUUAAUCCUUACAACGACCCUCUGAGGUAGAUCAUACUAUUCCCACUCAUGACUGGCUACAUAAUUUGUGGGGCCCAGUGCAAAAUGAAGAGGCGGGGCCCUUUUUCCAAAUUAAGAAUUUCAAAAUGGGGGCAGCAGAGCGUUAAACCAAGUGCAUAACCCUUGGUCCUGCUCUCAUAGGUGAGUAAACAGGCUCAGAGAGGUUAAGCGGCAUGCUCAAAGUCACAAAGCUAUCGCGGACCGGGGCUGGGAUUCCGACCGUCUGGCUCCACGUGGAGCCCUGAGCUCCCAUGCUGGGCCCCAGGUUUCAUUUGCAAAUAUUGACCUACUGUGAACAAAGUGCCGGGCUCACCUGGGAGGGAUCCGAGAAUUGCUAAGCCCACAGCCUCCAGGAGCUCAGAACUCAGUGGGGAGACAAGCCAGGUCCUGGAGCCCUCCUGCUCCUUUGUUUUACUGAGUCACCUUAAAUCUGGCUCUACCCUCCCCCACCUUCCUUCCCCCUGGGCAAGAAAUUCAAUCUGAGCCCUGCUGAGAGAGCCUGACUCCUCCUGGGGGCUUAUGUUGGGUCUAAGAAACCAAGGGGAGGGGGCAGGGCCUGGUACCUCAUCCGAGGUCCACCAUGGUCACCCCCAUUGCUUUUCUCCUCAAUGCUCUCCCACCACUGGACCACCCGACACUGAUUUGUCCUCAGUGCUCAGGGUCUGGCCCUACUACCAGCCCCCACCCCCUUUUGGGUCACUGAGGGAAAACAGCCUUCCAUAGACCAGAAACACCAAAGUGUGUGUGUUGGGGGGGAGGGGGGGGACACGAUGCUGCUCUCUUUCUUAAGUGGAAGGGGGCCUGGGGAAAGGAGCUGCUUUUUUUUGUUUUUUGUUUUGGAGGGAGGGAGGGAGUCCUACCGUGGCUGUUACAGGCAGGAUGGACAAGAGCACCUACUUAGGAGUCAGACCGACAAAGUUCAAAACUCUGCUCCAAGAUUUGCACUUAAUAAUAAUAAUCACUUAGUAAUAAGUGGUUAUGCUCCCUGACCUUGAGUAAAUUACUUAACCUCUCUA